CAUUUUCCCAGACACACACACACAUACACAGAUAGACACGGACAAACACACAUUGAGUUUCUCACCAGACUCUUCAGCCACACAGGCAGCAGCAGAGAAGACGAACCGAGUCCUCAGACAACUGGGAGCAACUCUAAAAGCACCACCAUGGGGAAAGGAUGCAUCACAGUUACCAAGUACUUUCUAUUCCUCUUCAACCUCCUCUUCUUUAUCUUUGGAGCAUUGAUCAUGGGCUUUGGACUGUGGAUUCUCUUUGAUAACCAGAGCUUCAUUGCUGUUCUACAGGAAUCGUCACACACUGUGAAAGUGGCUUCAUACAUCCUUAUCGGAGUAGGUUCCCUGUCAAUGGCCAUGGGUUUCUUUGGCUGCAUUGGAGCCAUCUACGAAAUCCGUUGUCUCCUGGGUCUGUACUUCACCUGCCUCCUGCUCAUCCUCAUUGCUCAGGUCACUGCUGGAGUUCUUAUCUACUUCCAAAGAGAUCGGUUGAAACAUGAGAUGUCCAAUAUCAUAAAGGGCAUGAUCAUCAACUAUACUGGCCAGAACAGGACCACAGAGCACACCUGGGACUACAUUCAGAAGACAAUGAAAUGCUGCGGAUGGACUAGUCCAGGCAACUGGUCUGAGAACCUUUUGAUCAAGAACAGCACCCAGAAGCUCUACUCGUGCUCCUGUCGCAACGAUUCCCUGCCUGGCACCGAAGUGAGGAGCGUGGGCCUGUGUGAGCAGCUGUCCUCAGAUCCACCUGUCUAUGAAACGGGCUGCAUAACCAGCGUGGAGAAAUGGCUCCUGGAUAACUGUGGAGUUAUUCUGGGAAUCUGUGUCGGUGUGGCAGUUGUGGAGCUCCUCGGGAUGAUCCUCUCCAUGUGUCUGUGCAAGAGUGUCGUCCAGGAGGAUUAUACCAAAGUACCGAAGUACUGAGCUGAGGACAGAGCAGCUUCACAUCACACACAGAUGGAUGGAGUCUCCCUCUCUCUCCUUGCCUCACAUUCUUAUGACCACACCAACACAAAUUAAGACAGCUGUCGCCACCAUUUGAGCUUCUCAUGUCCUCGCAGCUGUGCAAAUUUCUCACGCCCCACAUAUCCCAAACACACACACACACACACACACACACACACACACACACACACACACACACACACACACACACACACACACACACACACACACACACACACACACACACACACAUACACACACACAUGCAC